GUAUAAGAGAAAAAAUCCAAAUCUAGUACCAUUUAACCAAAUACCUCAAUGCCUGUACAAUAUUGAUUAUUGCAGUAUUGAAGAAAGAGCAGAAGAACAUUUGAAAAGAAGAAAUCCAGUAGAACUAGAACUAAACCAAAAACCUAUGACUAUAGAGGAGAAUUUGAGUAGAAAUAGGGUGAAUGAGGAGGAACCUAUAUGA